AUUUGCUAACUUCAGUCUGGUUUGGUUAGUCAUACUGUUUGUUGGGUGUCGGUCGUGGUUGUUUUGUUUACAUUUCUUUUAACAAAUUUUGUUUCAUUACAAUUUAUGUUUUUAUGAAUUUUUAUAACAAAAUAGUAAUGUGUUGUGUUAUGUUGUGAUAUUAAUUAUAAGCGGUGACUUUGCUUCCAAUCGUAACGUCUUCGUUAUGGUCUUGUGAUUUAUAUUGUUUUUUUUUUUUUUGGAUAAUUUGCAACGUUUUUUGAAUUCAAGUGAUUCUGUGUGAUAUAGUUAUUUCAAGGUGCGAUGAUCCCGAUUGGCUAAUCCGGUAUCACGAUGACGUGAUAAACACCUCUCAUUGGUGGAUAACUGCGUCCCGUGUUCCGAUUGGUGCAAAAUGUCCGGUUUGCCGACUAGGGCAGAUGACCCUAUCAAUGGUGUCGACGUUCGGGAGCAAGGAAGCGCUUUGAGGGUAGCGACUAAUACACCACACCUGGUCAGCCUCGGCACUGGACGAUUGAGUACCGCAGUCACUCUUCACCCAAUCAAACAAGGUCGCGUAACUAUAGGAUCAGACCCAACAUGCGACAUCUACGUGGUGGGGACCGGGGUAGCCAAUGUACACUGCAGGGUUGAGAAUUCGCACGGGGUUGUCACACUCUACCCCAUCAGUGGGACCACGCUACUCGACGGGCUACCUGUCGAGAAACCCACGCGACUGUCCCAAGGUAGCAUGUUAACGAUCGGCCGCUCCAACUACCUCCGUUUCAAUCACCCUGAAGAAGCUAAGCUAAUGAAGUCCGUUCUACCCUCCGGCCAUGUAUCGAUGGCUCCUAUACAGUUCACACCGAACGAACAGUGUGUACCAACUGGUUAUGUCAACCAUCAUUCAGAUCCAACGAACCAAUGUUACCAAACCACUAACAUACAGAGAAUUUACAAAGAAAACACUUUAUCACAGCUAGACCAAGAACUAGAUAUGACGUUAAAAGAAAUGUCUAAAAAGAAACCGCCUGUAGCACCUAGGAAGCCUUAUAAAGAUCUAGAUACGUCUGAUUCAAAUUCCGACCAGGAAUCUAGACCGAGAAUAGGCAGUAUAAUGGCAAAAGUAUCAAAGUUCGAAUAUUACGCAAAACAGCAGAAAAACGUUGGAAGAAGUCAGUUCUAUACGUCCAGUGAAAUAGAAAUAUCACCAAAAGUAUUCAGCGCUAACUCUUUAACUGUUAACACACCAGCGAAAGAUGUCCUCGGUAAUAGAAACAUACCGAAUUAUAUAAAUAAAGUUAAACAAGAACAAAAAAUGAUGGUACUAAACGAAAAUAACAGCAUAGAUCCGAAGAAUUGUUCCUACGCGAAUGUCGCUAUACGAAAUAAAACUAAAAUAGAUGAUAUCGUUCGAAAUUUCGAUGAAACCACACGCAUCGAAAACAAACUACCGAAAAAAAUCAACAACGAUCAACAAAGCAGACCGGAUAACAAUAUAUACGGAAAAAUUAAUAUAGAUAGAAAGGAAACAAGAAACAAUCUAGAUUGCAAGAAUGAAUCUAGCAAGAGUAAUGUAGAUUGCAAGAAUGAAUCUAGCAAGAGUAAUGUAGAUUGCAAGAAUGAAUCUAGCAAGAAUAAUCUAGAUAGCAAGAAUGAAUCUAACAUGAAUAAUUUCGAUUUCAAGAAUGAAAAGAGUUUGAACGUGGAUUUAAGUGAUUAUGGUCGGAUAUGUGGUGUAGGUAAAGUUGUGUGUUUGCCUUCGCCGGCGUAUGAUAGAAACCCUCAGUAUUCGCCAGUAUACGCUAAUUGUCACUACGAGAGGAGUUAUGAAGCUGAAAAUAUGAGGAUUAAGGCAUAUCAAGACAGGAUAAAGGAAGAAGAACAGAAGGAGGCUGAGACAGCGCGUCUUGAAGAGAUACUAAACAUGUGUGCGGAGUAUGAGAGACAGAUUUCUUCAGGCAUACCAAUAACACCAACAGAGAAGCGUCCUCACAACAAGAUCAUAACCAAUGGGUCAUUGCCGAGAAGCGUCACUCAGAACAACCCGAAUUUCAUACAAACUAGUGACGGUUAUUAUAGGUUCGAUACUAGUCAUAAUAGAAGUACAUCGACGAACCAAUCUCUACCACUACAAAGGAAUUUAUCCAGUUACGAAAACUACGAAACAUCACAAUCACCCACACAAUUAGAAACUCAUACACCGGAAGUCAAAAUUUCAGAUAAUUACGAAAAUAUAGGUCGUAUGGAUGAAAUAGGCAUCCCAGUAUUCGAUGAUGUUCACAGAAACGAUCUGUCUAGUCCGAUUAUGAUAAGAAAGCUACAGAACCAAAAUGGUACCCGAUCCCCAAUAGGAAGUCCCUACGAAAAUGUUUAUUUCAAAAACAACUUAGGCUUUAAACCAAAGUCACCAAAUACUCAAAGCCCUAGAACGAGAAUAAAGACGACCUUUGCUCAUAAAAAUCUGCCGUCUCCACAGUAUUUCAUAUUCCCUACACCGCCGCCUGUUGACGAUUCAUUGAAACCUAACUUCAAUGAAGUUCAAAAUGACAGUAAUGAUACUGUUGCUAUAUCUGAUGAAGCUAAAAUUAGCGGUAUCGAAAAACAAUUAAGUUUAGAAGAAGAAAUACCGAUGAUCGAUGAUGCAGAUUUGACCAAUGAUAUUGAAUUUAGAUAUUCGAAAGUUAUUCCCGAUAAGGAACCGACUCAUGAAACAGACGUUGAUAAAAACAAUGAAGUGCUUGGUACUCUUACUAAGAACAAAAGCUUCGAUGAUGUCAAAAAAGAAUUGAUGGCUGAUAUACCUGAGUUAGAGGAAUUUGAAAAAGAUUUAAAAGAUAAUAAACGUGAUAAAAUCAUUAAAAAUAUUACUGAAGAUAUUAAGAAGAUGGACGUGGAAGCCGAUUCCAUAGGUUCAGCGGUUCUAGAUGAGAGCAUAGAUGAAUUGAAAUCCAGAUAUGACAAUUUGAGAGAGGAAAGAAAGAAAUUGGUCACCGAAAUACAUGAGAUUAAAUGUAAAAUGACUGAAAUAAGGUCGCAGGAAGAUGAUAUCUUAAGAGAGCUGGAAAUGGAAAAAGCCCUCAUUAAAGGCGAAUACGACUCGGAAAUAGCCAUCCUCAACAUAGAACAGAAGAAAAAACAUGAUCUUGUUGAAAAAGCGAAAGCUAUAGAAGAAGAAAUCAAGCAAUUAAAAGAAAAACAAGAAGUAAGGCAGAAUGAAAUACGCGAUAGAGUUGAAGUAGCCACAGCGAAAGUUGAAAAAAUCGAAAAAGACUUAAAAGACAAUAAAGCAACAUUAGAGGAACUACAGAAUGCUCAAGAUAUCUUAGACAAUGAGACAAAGAUAUUUGAAGAUCUAGAGUUCCAACAUUUGGAGGAAGAGUCUGAGUUGCUCGCAAAUAGGGAAGACUUACAAAACGAGAUAAUGUUGUUAUCGAAAAAAAUCGACGACCAAAAAACAAGAAUACUCACAUUGAAGUCAGAAGCUAAUAAUAAUUUGACUUCCGCGCUAGAAGAAACAAAAGUACUACAAGCUGAAUAUGUUAAACUGCUAAAUCAUGUCGAACAUUUAACUGGAAAAGUACAAAUUAUAGAAAAGGAACUAAAACCUAUAGUAACGAAGCUUAAUGAUAUUGAAAGGACGCAAUCUCCAGAUAGCGCGUUUUAUACUGAUCAAACACGACCAAAGUCAGGUGAAUUUGGUUACUCGCCGCAAAGCUCUGAUAGUGACGAUUUAGAUGUCGCUAAAAUAUCUAAUUUCGAAGAUCAUGCGAAAUUAAUAAAAGAUAAAUUCAAUUCUAUAGAUCAAAUGUCUCAAUCGAUGAUUGUGGAUAUCGAAAGACGAGUGAUCUCUGAUUUAGAUGACCCUAUAGAGGUAGACAGUAGUCCGUCUAAAUCAUCUUCAUCUUCUAAAGAAAAGAAAGGCUUCUGGGAAAGAAAUUUCGAUUCACUCAAACGAAAAAAUAAAGAUAAGAAAAAACCGGAGAAAGUUGAUAUAAUGUCGCAGAGUCUGAACGAAAAUAUAUUUUAUAACGAUAAUAUCGAAAUCGAUGUUUCGCUAGACAAAUUUGGUAGCUUGAGAAAUUCGAAAAGGAAAGAUAAGAAAGAAAACGGACCGGUCAAAAGUAAUUCCUCAUCAAAAAUACCAACAUUCGCCGCGUUGGGGAAAAUAAUCAAAAAAGAUUCUCUGAAGCGUAAAGAAAACGCUCAAAAGGAAGCAAAAAAUGACGAAACAGACCAAAACAUAAAAAAUCGUUACGUGAAAAACGUUAAACCUAUCAUUACAGACAAUAAAUACGCCAAAUCAAAAUCUUUAUCACCAGACAAAGUAUCGAACGAACCUAUCAAAGAGGAAGACGACCAAGACCAAAAUAAGGCGCUCGAUGGUAUUUUACGUAAGGAUCCAAAGGUUUUACAUAGGAAAAGCUGUGGGGACGAACCGAAUUUGAGGGUAGAGUUUCAGAAAAUGACUGAUUCUGGUAAGAUUCCUUCUCAAGAUGAUAUAGAUAGGAUAUCAAAAGUUACUAUGGAUGCUCCGAUUCUCUCCAGUGAUACCGAUGUCAAUUCAUUGGGUAAACGAACUUUGGAUAGCUUAAUGGAAAUCGAACGGAAACGAAUGGAAAUGUUGGAACAAAAAGGCUGUCAAGUUAUAGAGAACGAACGCGAAAAAAUUUCCGAAUUGAAACGUCGAGUACAAGACGAAACGAAGAAGCUCUGGGACCAACGCAACAAGGGCAAGACUGACAGUUGUCAGAUGUCAUCUGCAAGUCAGCUGUCAGCUGUCAGCCACCUGUCAAACGUCAGCCAGAUGUCGGGUGACUUUGACAGUUCGUUGAUGGAAAGCGGAAAGGCGUUCGGAAACAUCGAGGACUUGAGCUUCGAUGAGUUCAACAUGACCAACUCUACGAUUUACGAUGAGAGUUCUGGGUUUAUGUCGUCAUCAAUUGAAGAGCUUCAAGUGCGCAACUCCCGCACCGAGUCCACCGAAGACGACAAGCGAAGCGAUGACAGCCGACCACUCAGCCACGCGUCCGACUUCAGCAGAGAUCACAUAUUACCGGUCGGUAGCGCGCCGCGUCGCAGUCGACGUAUCGCGAACGAGUGGCAGCGACCGCUCACGAGGUACCUGCCCGUCGACAGAGACGACUUCGAUCUACGACGACACGUGGAGUCCGCGGGCCAUCAAAUCGAGUUGUGCCCCUACGUGACGGUUAGCUCCACAUCAUGUCGAGGAUACUUGCACAAACUGGGCGCUAAGUUCCACACCUGGUCCAAAAGGUGGUUCGUUUUCGACAGAGAAACGAAAACGUUCGUUUACUACUGGGACAAGAGCGAGAAGAAACCGCGCGGCGGCGCUUACUUCCAGGUCAUAGAAGAAGUUUAUCUAGAUCACGGCAACACAUCCAAAUCACCGAAUCCACAGACAACAUUCAUUGUAAAAACGAGGCAAAGACGGUAUUAUUUAAUGGCACCUUCAGGAGAAGCGGCCAGGGUAUGGAUAGACGUUAUAUUUACUGGCGCUCAAGGUUACACUGAAUAUUUGGAAUAAAACACGAAAAAAAAUUGAAAAAGUUGUAAUGCAAAAUUUCGCCAUAAAAUUUGAAAACUGUUUUUCAAAACAUAUUUUUUUUAAGUCGUUUCUUUUGGUAAGUAAUGGGAAUUUCCGUUGGGAAAUUCCAAGUAACUUUAUGGAUUUUUUUUUGAGUGAGAGGCAUAAAUAUACUUGCCUUGUUUUAUUGGUUAUAGCGAUUUAAAGCGCUUGCAAAUAUUUUUUUGAAUAUGGCAAUACUUUAUAAAGCUACAGAUUAAAAAUGCGUUAUUAUUUACCUAGGCAGUGGUGUAGAAAUGUGGCAUUGCAUUUCGCCAUAUUGAUAAUGGCGUAUAUGGCAUUUUAGGAAGAUUGAGCCCUAUGUAAUCUCAGAAACUAAUGUUUCGAUUUUCUUUUUAAUUUAUGGCUACAAUCAUUGCCAGUCUGGCUACAAGUCGUAUACCGAUUUCUAUUGGAUAUAUAAAUCAAACUCGAUUGAGUAUUUUUAUUGUAAUGUAAUAUUUGAAGUCAAUUUUUAACUGUAGCAACAUUAAAUUUACAGUUCUAUUUAUAGUUUUGUGUACUCUAUGGUAUCUAUAUUUAUAAAAAUAUAUAUUAUCUUCGAACUUUGAUAGUGUCAUAAAUAUACAAUUUCUUAAAGUACAUCCGCAUUACUUAUUAUGGUAUGAUAUGUAAAAAUCGAUUAAUUUUUAUAUUACAAUUAAUCGUUAAAAUUUAAUAGAUUAAAUUAUAAUCGAUUUUAAUUAAAAACGACGCUUUAUACUCUGUACGAACAGUAUUUAUAAUGGAAUUGAAUUAUGUAGACAAUAAAUUGUGCCAAUUUGUCGAAAUAAUGAAAUGAAAUGGCAGCUAUUUUUAUACAAUUAUUGGUAAAUAUCGGUGCCUUGUGGAAGACUGAAGUCAAAUUACCAUUUUUUAUAUAUAUAAAUGUAUGUAUAUUAAAAAUUGUGUGAUUAAAAUUUUAAUUUUUUUUUUUCAUAAAAAAUGUAUUUAGAAUUAAAGAUCGCAUUAAAUCCUUCAUGCACGCUUAUUACUUAGAUAUAUAUUAAUGUUACCAUAUGAAAUCGUACUGGCAACUUUACAUUGCCUUUGGAAAUCGAAUACAAUAAAAUAUAUAAAAUAGGUACAAGAAUGUAAACUGAUUAUGAAUGUUAUUUUUUAUAAAAGGCACAGUUACUUAAAACUCUGUAAAUACGUCCACAAAAAAGUUUCUAUAGCUAAUUGUUAAAAAAAUCUUAUAAGUUAGAAAACAUCUCAUUAGCAAUAUUGUUUCGUGACUGUGCCCUCAUAUUUACUUGUCUUUUUUUAAUCAUAUUAUUAUGCAUUUAACUAUUGUGUUAAUUGUAACAUAAGUACAAAAUGUCAUUUUCAUUACGAAUCUAAUACCAGUGUAAAAAAUAUAUUUUUAAGGCUUUCAACAUUAUUUUAGCGGUAUUUGUAAGUAACGGCUGAUACCAAUAUUUAAGUUUAAGGUCACAUUAUCUUAACAAAAUUAAUAAAUACUUUAAUAAAAUAUUAAUAAU